CUGCUCACUUCCGCUUCUUUCGGAUCAGGAGCCGGUGGCCCCCCCCCAACUUCUGGUCACCCUAGGCGACUGCAGCAGGGGCUCGCGAUGUUCGGCUUCAAGAGAAACGCAGUAAUCGGACUCAACCUUUACUGUGGGGGGGCCGGCUUGGGGGCCGGCGGCUGCGCCACCCCUCCGGGAGGGCGACUUCCAGCUCCUGGAAAGGAGGCCACGGCCCGGCAAGAGGUAGGGGGAGGGGACGCCGGCGCGAGCCCCCCGGCCGCUGUCGCUCCGGACGGCCGGAGGGUCGUGCGGCCGGCGCCCAUUGGCGCCGAGGGCCCCGACGUCACUGCGAUUCCCGCGAGGCCGACGUUCUUUGCGCCCACCCGCCGCGCGUCGCCGCCUGUGGAGAUGGAGGCUCUAGCCGCCGACGCCAUCAUGUCGCCCGAAGAGGAGCUGGACGGGUACGAGCCGGAGCCGCUCGGGAAGCGGCCGGCUGUUUUUCCCCGGCUGGGGCUGGUCGGGGAGGCCAGUAAUGGCCCCGGUACCGACGGGUCACUACCCUCGACGCCGCCCCUAGCAGAGGAGGAGGAGGACGAGUUGUACCGGCAGUCGCUAGAGAUUAUCUCUCGGUACCUUCAGGAGCAGGCAACCGGCGCCAAGGACACCAAGCCAAUGGGCGGGUCUGGGGCGGCCAGCAGGAAGGCGUUAGAGACCCUCCGGCGAGUCGCGGACGGGGUGCAGCGCAACCACGAGACGGCCUUCCAAGGAAUGCUUCGGAAACUGGACAUCAAAAACGAAGAUGAUGUCAAAUCUUUAUCUCGAGUAAUGGCCCAUGUUUUCAGUGACGGGAUAACAAACUGGGGCAGAAUUGUGACUCUCAUAUCUUUUGGUGCCUUUGUGGCCAAACACUUGAAGAGCGUAAACCAAGAAAGCCGCAUCGAACCAUUAGCAGAAAGUAUCACAGAUGUUCUCGUAAGGACGAAAAGGGACUGGUUAGUCAAACAAAGAGGCUGGGAUGGGUUUGUGGAGUUCUUCCAUGUAGAGGACCUAGAAGGUGGCAUCAGAAAUGUGCUGCUGGCUUUUGCAGGUGUUGCUGGAGUAGGAGCUGGUUUGGCAUAUCUAAUAAGAUAGCCUCGUAAGUGCAAUAAUUGACUCUUAACCAACUCCAGCCACCAAAACCACACACUUCUGCUGUGAAAUCCGAUGUAUUUAUGAAGACGGACAUCAAGCUGCCCAGGCUAUAACCUCCAAGAGUCCUACUCUAGCAACCAAGCCAGAAAAGCAAGUGGCAAGAGGAUUAUAGCUAACAGGAGUAAAUACAUGGGAAAAGCAGUCUUGCUUCCUUGAAGAGUCAUUGUCUGAAAGGAGUAAAGUUCAGUUUCAACAGCAAACUUUGGGAGGCCACGGAGGAGGACUUUUAGGUUUAGUGAAAAUGGUGGGGUGGAAAGGCUUAAUUUGCUUGUCUAGAAAAGUGGCCAGUAGCCCCAGGCUAGUCAUAGAAUUCAAUUAACGUGCCCACUGAGUUCAGUAACUUGCUAUAGUGUUGAAAAUCAUUAACGAUGUCAGUGACUUGUGUAAAAUGGAUUUAAGCUACAAGUAGUAAGAACUAUGACUAGAAGUCUCAGUACUGUACAACAGAGUGUGCAGGGAAGGUUUUUUCCUCUCUUUGAUUAGCUUUCCCAAGUAUACUUCUUGAUGAAUAGAAAGUCUAAAUAUUCAGGACUAUUUUACCUGUUCCACUUUGGCUUGGGUUGAGUUUAUUAGCCUAGUUAUGGCCAAGAAUACUUGACUUUAGGCUCACUAAUUGCAGUUAACAAAAAUGGAAUGUACUUGGUUUUUUUAAGAAAACAACCUGUAAAUGUAUUUGUCUGUAAAAAUUGUAUAUAUUUUUACAGGAAAUUUUAUUUCUUGGAACGGAGAGAAGUCUCAAAUUUACAUUACCAGAGGUUUUUUUUUUUUUUUUCCCAUUUUUGAGAUUUGCGCUUCUGGAGUUAGGAAUUCUUUCUUACAGUUUUUCUAUUCUAAACUUUUACCUGGUCAGUUCUAGAGUGUAUACAAAACAGUGAUGUAAUUGUAUGCAACUCUUUUGUGGUGGAACAAUUCUGAUUCAUGACUAUGCAGGUUUUAAUUUUCCUAUCUGAUCUUGGUAAGUAUUCCUUAGAUAAAUUUUUUUGUUUUGCUUUUUUGAGAAAACCUGGGAUUGAGAGGUUGAGGAAUGGGAAUUAAUUCUUUACUUCAUGGAUAUGUAGGUUUUCAAUAAUUGAGUCAAAGUGGAGUUUUAAAGGUUUUUUUUGGGGGGGGUGUUGAUGGCUUAGUGGGCUCUGAUUGGGCAACUGUUCUGUGAGUUCUGUGUAUUUGACCUAAUUUAACUAGUGAAGUUUAAACUGAGUUCAUGAGCUCAUCUUUAACGCUUUUGCUAAAAGAUUUUCAGCUGUUGCAAAUGGGACUUACUAACAAUAUGUGUAUAAGAAGAUUCCAUCAAGUGGAUGAGAUAAAUCUGAACACUUGUUUGUUUAAUGAAUUGUAAAAUGAUGGCUUGGAAAACCAGGCUAAAGUCGAACCAUGGUGCUAUUAUUAGGCUUACUUGUUAAAUACAGGUCUAGGCCUAAUAUGUCAAUAAAACAAAUGCUUAUUGUUUAAUUUCUA